CUAACAGUAAAGGAGAAUGGACAGUAGGUGAUACAUUAGAUACCAAUGGUAUGAAUAAUGAAGAAUACAAGAAGUAUCAGCAGCAACUACAGACAGUAAGAAGAAUAUGGUUGGAGGAGUACCAGAAACCAAGAAAAGGAGAUACAGCCGAUAUUGAGCAAACCGUACAAGCUCUUAUUAAUCUUGAAGAGAAGGAGAGAGAAGCACAAGUUGCUCAUCGAAAAUUGGAACAGAAGGAAAGAGAAGAAGCAGAGAAAGAGCAAGAAAUAAGAAGAUAUUGUCAUCAGCUACCAGAGAAGGAUAGGGAGCAUCAGGUGAUACUGCAGGAGAAGGAUAGGGAGCUACAAGAGACAUUACAGCAAAAGGAUAUUGUGAUACUUGAGAAGGAUAGGGAGCUACAUGUACGUCAGUCUCAAGAGGCAGUUCGUAGGUACCAGCAACAAGCACUUACUGAUAAUCACUGGGUUAUUAAUAAAGAUGAGGUGACUUCAAACAGUUCCAGACAUGAAUGGAAGAAUAUUACUGAAGAGAUUGAGAAACUUAAAGCUAAUAUAACGAUGCUGACUGAAGAGAAAUCACAAUUAGAGGAAAAGAAUGAGAAUUCAACUGAAGAGAAUGAGAAACUUAAAGCUAAAGUUGUUGAUAGUGAAACUUAUAUAGCCACACUGACAGAGGAGAAAACUUUAACUAAUGAAGAGAAUGAGAAACUCAAUAUUGUAAUUGCUAAACUGACAAAGGAAAAAUUACAACUAAAGGAAGAGUUGCAGUCAAUGAAAGAUAUUUCAACUGAUACUAAGAGUAUUCAAUGUGACUACUGGACUAAAGCAGAAUUACCAUUUGAUGGUAUGGUAACAUUGGGUAAGAAGGUGUGUCUGUAUAAUGCUAAGAGUAGUCAUGAAAUUGUUUGCCUGAUAAAGUAG